AUGAGAAUUCCACAGGAUUGCAAACAUCUAAAGACAAAAAGAAGAAAAGAAUCAAAUCUGAAGAAUAUAAUGUCAAUUACGGAACAUAAAGUUCGAGGUUCUAAAUGGAGUGAAUGUGAUAGGAUUGGGAAUUCAGAUAAUAAGACGAAUAUAGAAAUAGAUGUUUCUAAGGAAGUGAUUGAUCUGACAAGAUCACCAAAGAAACAUAUUUUAGAUGAAGAAAAUACUCUUAAAAAAUUAACGAUUAAAAACUUUCGAAAAACGUCAUUAGAAUCACAAGAAAAGUAUUAUAAUGAUGUACUUGAGAAGCUUGACAUGGCACUUAUAAGUAUAUUUGAAAGAAAAAAGAUUGUAUGGAGUCUUCAAGAAUUAUAUAAAGGUGUUGAAAAUUUAUGCCGAGCAUUUAAUCAACCAAAUAAUGAAGAUCCAUGGGCAAUAAAGUGCUAUCGAAUUUUGGAAACUAGGUCAAAAGAAUCUAUAAAGUUACUUUUAUUGAAUGUCUUGGAGAAAAUUUCAUCAUUUAUAGAGACAGAAGGAGAUAUUGUUAAAAUUGUUAUUGAAAAAGGAUGGGAAAUUUGGAUUGAGCAGAUUUCGACGAUCAGAAAUAUUUUUUUUUAUUUUGAUCGUACAUUUCUUCUUAUUACUCCAGGAUUAUCGUCCAUAUGGGAUACCGGUAUAAGCUUAUUUCGUGAAUAUCUUUUUAUGGAUAUAUCCGUUAACGAACCAUUUUUUUUUGACCUUUUUUCCAUAAUUGCAUCUAUACGAUCAUAUUCUAUGGAUUUUAAAAAAGCACCUAAUAUUCAUUUAUUACAAUCAUCGAUAAAAAUGAUAAAUUCUUUAAAUCUUUAUGGAUCUCUAUUUGAACCAAAAUUUAUUCAGGCCACAGAAAUAUAUUAUAAUAACAAAGCAUUAGAACUUAUAGAAAAAAGCUAUCCUGAAGAAUAUUUAUCACAUAUCAAAGAAAUAUUAAAUAAGGAAGAAAAAUUUUGUAAAGAAUUUUUUUCAGAACAGACAAAAUCAAAAGUUAUUCGUGUAAUUGAGAUUCAAAUGAUAGAGAAUCACUCAGAAUGCAUAAUCAAUACAGGAUUUGAGAAAAUGAUGGUUGAAGGAAAUACUAAAUCUUUAAAAGACUUAUAUACACUUCUAAAAUUAGUUAAUAAAGUGGAAUUGAUUAAAAUCCAUUUAGCAGAAUAUAUCAAAAAAACAUGCAAAAAUUCAAUAUCGAAUUCUAAAGAUAAUUCAAAUAUAAUACCUUCGCUUCUAAAAUUUCACUCUACUUUGAAUUCAAUUAUUUCUGAAUGUUUCUUAUCAAACGGAUCAUUUAUUCAAACACUUCGAGAAUGCUUCGAAUUUUUUAUCAACAAUUCUAUUGACAACAGUGCAGAAAUGCUAGCUAAAUAUAUUGAUAAUAUGUUGCGAUCCGGUAAUAAGUCUUUUGAUGAAGAGUCUCUUGGAAAUGAGAUGGAUAAAACAUUAGAACUUUUUAGAUUUAUACAGGGAAAAGAUAUUUUUGAGGCAUUUUAUAAAAGAGAUCUUGCUAAACGAUUAUUACUUAACAAAACUGCCAGUACCGACGCAGAAAAAGCUAUGUUACUAAAACUUAAAACAGAAUGUGGAUCUGGAUUUACGCAGAAACUUGAAGGAAUGUUUAAAGAUAUAGAUAUUUCAAGAAAUUUUAUGGCAUUCUACAAGAACUCAAAAUCAACUCAAAAAAAUCCACCGGUCUCGAACUUGUAUGUAAAUAUUCUUUCACAAGCAUUUUGGCCAUCUUAUCCCAAUAUUUCUGUAAUUUUACCGGAAAAAAUGGAAAAAGAUUUGAAUUCAUUCUCAUCCUUUUAUUUUUCUAAAGAAAAAGACAAGAAGUUAACGUGGAGACAUAAUUUAGGGCAUUGUGUUGUAAAAGCAAAUUUUCCAAAAGGAAAAAAAGAGCUAAACGUUACAUUGUUUCAAGCAGUAGUCAUGCUUUUAUUCAAUAAUGUACCAGAUAACAAGACAUUGUCAUACAACGAAAUAAAAAAAUCUACAGGUUUAGAAGACAAAGAGUUGAUUCGAACAUUGCAAUCACUGGCCUGUGGAAAAGUUAGAGUACUCUUGAAAUCUUCUAAAGGAAAAGACAUAAAUACUACAGAUCUAUUUUUAAUUAAUCUUGCAUUUUCAGAAAAAUUAUUUAAAAUUAAAAUUAAUCAAAUUCAAUUAAAAGAAACGUCAAAAGAAAACAAAAUUAUUCAUGAGAAUAUACAAAAAGACCGUUCUUUUGAAAUUCAAGCUACAAUUGUUCGAAUAAUGAAAGCAAAAAAAAAAAGUCAUCAUACAGAAUUAGUUCAAACAAGUAUAAAUAUACUAAAACAAAGAGGCAUUAUAUCUGUCAAUGAAGUAGAGUCAGCUAUCGAAAAACUUUUGGAAAAAGAAUAUAUAGAAAAAGAUGAAAAAAAUUCUAAUACAUACAUCUAUCUUGCAUAA